GUGGCUUUGACCCCGGGUUGCCCGGCCAGCGCGACCGAGGAGGUGGCUGGACAGCUGGAGGAUGAACGGAGAAGCCGACUGCCCCACAGACCUGGAAAUGGCCGCCCCCAAAGGCCAAGACCGCUGGUCCCAGGAAGACAUGCUGACCCUGCUGGAGUGCAUGAAGAACAACCUUCCCUCCAACGACAGCUCCAAGUUCAAAACCACCGAGUCACACAUGGACUGGGAGAAAGUCGCAUUUAAAGACUUCUCUGGCGACAUGUGCAAGCUCAAGUGGGUCGAGAUUUCAAAUGAGGUGCGGAAGUUCCGAACAUUGACAGAAUUGAUCCUUGAUGCUCAGGAACACGUUAAAAACCCUUACAAAGGCAAAAAGCUCAAGAAACACCCUGACUUCCCAAAGAAGCCUCUCACCCCCUACUUCCGCUUCUUCAUGGAGAAGCGGGCCAAGUAUGCAAAACUCCACCCCGAGAUGAGCAACCUGGACCUCACUAAGAUCCUGUCCAAGAAAUACAAGGAGCUUCCAGAGAAGAAGAAGAUGAAGUAUAUUCAGGACUUCCAGAGGGAAAAGCAGGAGUUCGAACGAAACCUGGCCCGGUUCAGGGAAGACCACCCCGACCUUAUCCAGAAUGCAAAGAAGUCGGACAUCCCUGAGAAGCCCAAAACCCCCCAGCAGCUGUGGUACACGCAUGAGAAGAAGGUGUACCUGAAAGUGCGGCCAGAUGCCACUACGAAGGAGGUGAAGGACUCCCUGGGGAAGCAGUGGUCUCAGCUCUCGGACAAAAAGAGGCUGAAAUGGAUUCAUAAGGCCCUGGAGCAGCGGAAGGAGUACGAGGAGAUCAUGCGCGACUACAUCCAGAAGCACCCCGAGCUGAACAUCAGCGAGGAGGGCAUCACCAAGUCCACCCUCACCAAGGCCGAGCGCCAGCUCAAGGACAAGUUCGACGGGCGACCCACCAAGCCGCCUCCGAACAGCUACUCGCUGUACUGCGCGGAGCUGAUGGCCAACAUGAAGGACGUGCCGAGCACGGAGCGCAUGGUGCUGUGCAGCCAGCAGUGGAAGCUGCUGUCCCAGAAGGAGAAGGACGCCUACCACAAGAAGUGCGACCAGAAAAAGAAAGACUACGAGGUGGAGCUGCUGCGCUUCCUGGAGAGCCUGCCCGAGGAGGAGCAGCAGCGGGUGCUGGGCGAGGAGAAGAUGCUGAACAUCAGCAAGAAGCAGGCGGGCAGCCCGGCCGCCAAGGCCAAGUACAAGGCGCGCGAGGCGGCCCUGAAGGCGCAGUCCGAGAGGAAGCCGGGCGCCGAGCGCGAGGAGCGCGGCAAGCUGCCCGAGUCGCCCAAGCGGGCCGAGGAGAUCUGGCAGCAGAGCGUCAUUGGCGACUACCUGGCGCGCUUCAAGAACGACCGGGUGAAGGCCCUGAAGGCCAUGGAGAUGACCUGGAACAACAUGGAGAAGAAGGAGAAGCUGAUGUGGAUCAAGAAGGCGGCCGAGGACCAGAAGCGCUACGAGAGAGAGCUGAGUGAGAUGCGGGCGCCCCCGGCCGCGGCCAACUCUUCCAAGAAGAUGAAGUUCCAGGGAGAGCCCAAGAAGCCCCCGAUGAACGGUUACCAGAAGUUCUCCCAGGAGCUGCUGUCCAACGGGGAGCUGAACCACCUGCCGCUGAAGGAGCGCAUGGUGGAGAUCGGCAGCCGCUGGCAGCGCAUCUCGCAGAGCCAGAAAGAGCACUACAAGAAGCUGGCGGAGGAGCAGCAGAAGCAGUACAAGGUGCACCUGGACCUGUGGGUCAAGAGCCUGUCUCCCCAGGACCGGGCGGCGUACAAGGAGUACAUCUCCAACAAGCGCAAGAGCAUGACCAAGCUGCGGGGCCCGAACCCCAAGUCCAGCCGCACAGCCCUGCAGUCCAAGUCGGAGUCAGAAGAGGAUGAGGACGAGGACGAGGAGGACGAGGACGAGGAGGAGGACGAGGAGGAGGACGAGAACGGCGACUCCUCCGAGGAUGGCGGGGACUCCUCGGAGUCCAGCAGUGACGACGACAGCGAGGACGGGGACGAGAACGAGGAGGACGAUGACGACGAGGACGACGACGAGGACGACGACGAGGACGAGGACAACGAGUCUGAGGGCAGCAGCUCCAGCUCCUCGUCCUCGGGGGACUCCUCGGACUCGGACUCCAACUGAGGGCCGGCCUGGGCGCCCGCGAGCCCGCGCCCCCAGCUGCCCUCCCGUCUUGCUGUGUCCGGUCCCCUGCCCCCGGCCUCCCCCACUUCCUUUCUUUC